AUGAAUAAGAUCUGCUCUAACUGCUCUGCCAAGAAAUGGGCGGACGAACCUAAUGGUAUUUGCUGUGCUUCAGAAGUCAAUAAAAGCUUUGAGAAUUACGCUAAUAAAGGGAGCACCGGCCGAGUCCGGCGCGUCUGGCUGUGCCGGGCGACCCGCGCCCCCGAGCCUCCGCCCGCCGCGCUGCUGGCGCCGCGCACUCAACGUCGACCCGCCCUGGCAGCGCGCACGGGCCCGCUGACGCCACACCACGCAACACACCUGACACUUGUGGACUAG